ACGAGGGGACCAUGUACCGGGACCCGGAGGCGGCCAGCCCAGGGGCACCCACCCGCGAUGUCCUGCUGGUCUCUGCCAUCAUCACCGUCAGCCUUAGCGUCACUGUCGUCCUCUGCGGCCUCUGCCACUGGUGUCAGCGCAAACUGGGCAAACGCUACAAGAAUUCCUUGGAGACCGUGGGCACACCAGACUCGGGGCGUGGACGCAGUGAGAAGAAAGCCAUCAACGAUCUAGACAGAGACUUUUGGAAUAACAAUGAGAGCACAGUGCAGCAGAAAUGGAGCUCCUAUCCUCCCAAGGAGUUUAUUCUAAACAUUUCACCCUACGCCCCUUAUGGCGACCCACGACUGUCCCUCAAUGGCACCCUCCUGUCGGGCGCCAAAGUGGCCGCCGCGGCGGGGCUGGCGGUGGAGCGGGAAGGCCGGCUGGGGGAGAAGCCGGCGCCGGUGCCGCCACCCGGAGAGGACGCCUUGAGAAGCGGCGGGGCUGCCCCCAGCGAGCCGGGCAGCGGUGGCAAGGCGGGGAGAGGCCGCUGGCGGACGGUGCAGAGCCACCUGGCCGCAGGGAAGCUCAACUUGUCCAAUUUCGAGGACUCCACCCUGUCCACGACCACUACCCUUGAGUCUAUCCCCAGCUCCACGGGAGAGCCGAAAUGCCAGCGACCCCGCACCCUGAUGCGGCAGCAGAGCCUGCAGCAGCCGCUGAGCCAGCACCAGCGGGGCCGGCAGCCCAGCCAGCCCACCACCAGCCAGAGCCUGGGCCAGCUGCAGGCCCACGCGGCCUCGGCGCCGGGCCCCAACCCCCGGGCCUAUGGCCGGGGCCAGGCUCGGCAGGGCACCUCGGCCGGCUCCAAGUACCGGGCGGCUGGGGGCCGCAGCCGCUCCAACCCGGGCAGCUGGGACCACGUGGUGGGGCAGAUUCGAAACCGAGGCUUGGACAUGAAAUCCUUCCUGGAAGGCCGGAUGGUGGUGCUAUCCUUGGUCUUAGGGCUUUCGGAGCAGGAUGACUUUGCCAAUAUCCCUGACCUGCAAAACCCAGGAACCCAGCAGAACCAGAACGCUCAGGGGGACAAGAGGUUGCCUGCAGGCGGGAAGGCAGUGACCACAGCCCCAGUGCCGGGCCAGACGCCCCACGAUGAGUCUGACCGCCGGACUGAGCCCCGCUCCUCUGUCUCGGACCUCGUCAACUCCCUCACCAGCGAGAUGCUCAUGCUCUCCCCAGGCUCCGAGGAGGACGAGGCCCACGAGGGCUGCAGCCGAGAGAACCUGGGCCGGAUCCAGUUCAGCGUCGGCUACAACUUCCAGGAAUCCACGCUCACCGUGAAGAUCAUGAAAGCCCAGGAGCUGCCAGCCAAGGACUUCAGUGGCACCAGCGACCCCUUUGUCAAGAUCUACCUGUUGCCAGACAAGAAGCACAAGCUGGAGACCAAGGUGAAACGGAAGAACCUGAACCCCCACUGGAACGAGACCUUCCUCUUUGAAGGUUUUCCCUACGAGAAGGUGGUGCAGAGAGUCCUCUACCUCCAGGUCCUGGACUAUGACCGCUUCAGCCGCAAUGACCCCAUUGGGGAGGUGUCCAUCCCCCUCAACAAGGUGGACCUGACCCAGAUGCAGACCUUCUGGAAGGAUCUGAAGCCAUGCAGCGAUGGGAGCGGGAGCCGAGGGGAGCUGCUCUUGUCUCUCUGCUACAACCCCUCUGCCAACUCCAUCAUCGUGAACAUCAUCAAAGCCCGGAACCUCAAAGCCAUGGACAUUGGGGGCACAUCAGACCCCUACGUGAAGGUGUGGCUGAUGUACAAAGACAAGCGGGUGGAGAAAAAGAAGACGGUGACCAUGAAGAGGAACCUGAACCCCAUCUUCAACGAGUCCUUCGCCUUCGACAUCCCCACGGAGAAGCUCAGAGAGACCACCAUCAUCAUUACCGUGAUGGACAAGGACAAGCUCAGCCGCAAUGACGUCAUCGGCAAGAUCUACCUGUCCUGGAAGAGCGGGCCGGGGGAGGUGAAACACUGGAAGGACAUGAUCGCCCGUCCCCGCCAGCCCGUGGCCCAGUGGCACCAGCUGAAGGCCUGA